AUGCAUAUUGUGGAAGGUGACUUGAUUCGUGUAAAUCGCAAUGUUCAAGCUACAACAACAGAACAGCAAUAUGCGGAGUAUGUGGAGCACACUAAAAUGACAAGAUCGGGUAUUCGGACUGGGAGACGUAGCUUUGAGAAGAAAAGCACACCACCAGGUGUAUCAUCCAACAACUCAGCUAUGUUAGCUUCUAACAAAAUUGAUCAAGAAAAGCCUGCGACGCUCCAGUAUAGCACGGAAAAUGGAAGCAAGGAAAGUAGUGCUAAGAUGUCUCUAAAAGCUACAACUUCUGAGACUUCACCACACGAGGUGACAGGAUCCCAAGACACGACGAAUUUACCUUCAAGAAUUAGCAGUGUCGUCGUAGGCACAGUGCCGUCAUUAAGGCUUCAACAGAAGGAAAGAGAAAUCGCAUCAGUUACAGGUCAUCCAACUGACACCAAUUUCGUGAAAACUGGAGAUACACAUUCACUUCUCUGCGAAACGACCAUUGAAUCAGUGUCUGUAAAUAGUGCUAGUCCAAUCCGUUCUAGGAAGGCGUUGAUUGAAGACGUGAUUCGUCUUGAGGACUUCCAGGCGCCACGAUCGCGCUUUGGUGACCUUGAACAUUUUUAUUCGGAGGAUGACACUGAUCAAGAUAUCGGUGAUAACGAUGUGGAUGUAGCGGUGGCACCUGCGAAUGGAUUGAUGAAGGCAAGUACUAUUCACCCAUAUCACAAACAGUGUUUCCUUGACUCCGAUUCUUCGGACUCGGCUGAAGAGCUGACAAAUAUGCAGCGAAGACGAAAAGAUAAGACGCCUUACAAAAAUUGUUCACGUUACAGCGCAACCAAACCGUCGAAAAAUGCUACUUCCAAUCCGACAAGACCUCAUCUGUCUGCGAUCCGCCCAUCUUCUCAAUACUCGCGGUUAACUGAUGCCCCAUCAAUGGAGAGAAUCGCGCCGUGUCCAGCACGUUUGCAUCCUAGCAGCCCAAUGAAGGGUUUUCAAAGUGUACCACGCGAGGAGUCUUUGCAGCAGCGGCCGUCGCUUUGUUUUACAAGCGAUACAGCUCAAAUUUGGGCACAUCCUGCUGCCCCCCCCUCCCGCUCCUGCGUCGGCUUCGUUGUCUCUUCACAUGGGUCCAAGAAUUAA